CAUAAAGGGUACUGAUAAUUAAGUACAGAGAGGAAAUGGCCAGCACUAGACUGAUUGGUGCUGCGUUCUUGGCUUUGCUCUUUGUGGACCUUGCCUUUGCUGCCAGGUCAUCAAAGGCGAUAGCCUGUAAAGAUUGUGGCGAUGGCGAUGGAGAUGGAGGUGGAGCUGGUGGUGGUGGUGGAGGUGGAGGCGGGGGAGGUGGAGGCUCAGGAAAUGGAGAUGGUUCUGGUUAUGGCUCGGGAUAUGGGAGUGGAUCUGGCAUUGGGGGUGAAGGUGGCGGAGGAGGUGAAGGAGGCGGGGGAGGUGGCGGAGGAGGCGAAGGAGGCGGGGGAGGUGGAGGCUCAGGAAAGGGAGGUGGAUCUGGUUAUGGCUCUGGACAUGGGAGUGGAUCUGGUAGUGGGGGUGGUAGGGGUGGAGGUGGAGGAGGAGGCGAAGGAGGCGGGGGAGGUGGAGGCGGGGGAGGUGGAGGCUCAGGAAAGGGAGGUGGGUCUGGUUAUGGCUCGGGACAUGGGAGUGGAUUUGGCAAUGGGGGUGGUGGGGGUGGAGGUGGCGGAGGAGGCGGGGGAGGUGGAGGCUCAGGAAAGGGAGGUGGAUUUGGUUAUGGCUCGGGACAUGGGAGUGGAUUUGGUAGUGGGGGUGGAGGUGGUGGAGGAGGCGAAGGAGGGAGGGGAGGUGGAGGCUCAAGAAAUGGAAAUGGGUCUGGUUAUGGCUCGGAAUAUGGGAGUGGAUCUGGCAAUGGGGGCAGUAGGGGUGAAGGCGGCGGAGGAGGCGAAUGA